CACGCAUGCGCUUCACUUCAAUACUGUAUUUAACAUUAAACUUUUCAGUCUUUCAAAAUUUUAAAUAUCGUAUAUUAAGUUAAUUAAAUUUAAUUAAAAUGACUGUGGGUGGCAGAGUUGGUGCAUUAUGGAUCGGGGGCUUAGAGCCGUAUAUGGAUGAGAACUUUUUACAGGGCGCCAUGAGCCUGAUGGGCGAGCCUAAUGUUGUUUCUAUCAAGGUGAUGAGUAACAAAUUUACUGGAGAACCAGCUGGAUAUGGUUUUGUUAACUUUGACAGUGAUCAGACGGCAAUUGUGGCGAUGCAUCGUCUGGGUGGGAAGAUUAUUCCUAACAGUAAUCCACCAAUCAGGUUUAAGCUAAACCAUAAUAGUACUCGGCUACAGCAGGGAGAAGUGGAUACCAGCAUCUGGGUUGGGGACCUCACCCCAGAGGUCGAUGACUAUGCCCUAUACAGGUUUUUCAUCGGUCGAUAUACAUCAGUUCGAUGCGCCAAGGUUGUUCUGGAUGAGACAGGCUUCAGCAAGGGAUACGGUUUUGUCAGGUUUGGACUUGAGCAUGAGCAGCAACAUGCCCUUAGUAAUAUGACCGGAGAACUAGGACUUGGAAGUAAACCAAUAAAGGUAUCUAUGGCUAACCAGAAAAACCGUGGAGAUGGUAUGGGAGGUGGAGUAUCUCCGCCCUCGGCCACCUGGGGCGGAGUAACUGCCUGGCCUGGUCCCAGCACUUCACCUUGGCCCGGUCAAUCCUCCGGUCCUCAACCUCUUACAGAUUUGUUCCAAGGAGGUGGCUGGACUGGUCUUACAGCAAGUCCCCUGUCAGGUGGACCUCUUAGCGGCGGUCUUAACGGUGGUCCUCUUAGCGGUGGCCCGCUGUCGGGCGGUCCGUUAUCUGGCGGACCGCUGAGCGGCGGUAUUAGCCUUAACGGUCUGGGAGGCGGUAUUAAUGGUGGAUUGGGUGGGAUUAACGGCGGUUUGGGCGGAAUCAACGGAGGGUUGGGAGGUGCGUUGAGCGGAGGAAUGCCGGGUCCGGGUUCUAGUCCUUCGCCUGCAGCUCCACCUACUGCCCCCUCACCAGGUCCUGACUUCAAUCCAUACACUUUCCCUCAGUUCUAUCAGCAGCAACUAGCACAGCAACAACAGCAGCAGUAUGCAGCAGCUUGGAAUGCCUGGCAGGCUCAGCAGCAAAGGCUUUAAACCAGUCAGCAGCUGCUUAUUUCAGUAUACAUAGAAGUCAUCACUAACCGAACAGCUGUUGUUUGACCGGUCUCCACGUCUCCCUCUAACCAGGGGUCAAGCAAACCUUCCUCACACCAGGAAGUUAAAUUUCAAGAAAUUUUGAAGAUUUAAUUAAAAAGUUUUGUACAUAAUUGUUCCGGAUUAUUUGGGUGAAAAUCAGCCCUGACUGCCAAAGUUAAAGAACAAGGACAAUGCCAAAGUCGUGGCGUUGUAUCGUAAAAAAAACUAUACACAGUAAAAAUGCAUUAUUGUAUUGUAAAAAGUUUUUAAAAACUGUUAUUUUGUGAUAUUUCUAUAAAUUAAAAAAUACAGUAAUAAUCAAGUAUGUUCAGUGUAAGGCAUUUUUUAGGAAACUUCUAGAAUUAUGUCGCAACAUAUCUCAGAAAUCUCGUGGGAAAUCCGCAAAAAUAAUAUUCUCCCGCCUUAAUUGCGUACUUACACAUUUGCUCAUAAACUUCCAGUUAGGCCGGUUAACUUAGCGAUCAUAUUAUUUUUGUGGGUUUCCUCACAUCUUGUUAAUACAUUAUUCUUCAAGUUGGGCGGUUGGUCCGUUUUCAAAUUUUAAUUAUCGCCUUUUAACAAAAUGGCGCUAGUUUAUUUUAACUGACGCAAUUUUGAAUAUGGCGCCCUCUUGAAAUUUUAGCACUGGCCCCCGCCCUGUCACGCCUGCUGAUAUUCGUGUGCUGGUUUGCAACUCUAGGCUGUUAAAUAAUUUUGUUGAUAAUUAAAUAUUCAUUAUAUAGGAUUGUUAAAUAUUAUUAAAUGUAAUAUUCGAUUAUUUAAACUUACGAUUUAAAUACUUGAUAGAUAUUCAUUCUGAGCAUAUAUUGUACUAAUAUUCAAGCAGUCGGUGUGCACAGAGAACCUUAACAAUUAAUCUAGUUUCCCCUCAUUUAAUUCUCUGUAGUUAACACCCAGACUCAAUGCAAAUACAAAAUUUAUGUUAAAUGUUUUUUUCUAAAAUUUAAAAAAUAACGUAAAAUAAAACACUUUACACAAGGCCUGUGAUACGAAUGAUAAGUGUAAAAACGCCCCGAUUUUUGCAUUGUAUUUGUUCUUUUAAUGUAAUUUAUAUAAAUGCUUGCUUAUGUACGCGCGCGUGUGAGAACGCGCUCAGAUAUUAUUUUGUUAGAGCGCGUCUCACGCCGUGCUUAAACUCUUUUUAACAUGGAGAGAUUAAACAUUGUUUUAUGUAUUCAAAAUUUAUUACGAAGGGUGUGAUGGGUUUGCCCCAACCCCCCCUUCCUUGGAUAAUGGUACCGCUUUAUCGUCCAGUCAAUAUAGCUGGUGGGUAAUGGUUAUAUAAUAUAUAUAUAUAUCGUAUAUCAAUAAAUCAUUUUCAUUAAA